GUGUAUUCAAUUUUAGAAAGUCGGACCUUGACACACUGAGCGAGAGCUUGAACGAACCAACUCUCCUUCCGCCAUACUUUCCUUGGAAAAGCUAGGGUCUGUACAAGAGAAGUUCCUUUGAAACCGCUGUGGAGAGACGGUAGGCUGUGGAUCGUCAACCGAUGGACUUAGUUGCUCAAGUGGAGGAGGCUCUGGCCAGACUUUAUCACAACCACGACGCUGAGGAACGCCGUGCAGCGCAGAAAUGGCUGCUUACGUUGCAGCAUUCGCCAGAAGCGUGGCAGAUGGCGUGGCUGUUGCUGCAGAACACGAAAGCUGUUGAGGCUCACUUUUAUGCAGCAGCCACUCUAGCUGUCAAGAUACACAGAUAUUGGAAUGAAGUAGUACCAGAUGACUUUGAAAGUCUGCGUCUCCGUUUGUUCAAAUAUGUUAUUGAAUAUGCUCAAGCUGAUGGUGUGAAGAUGGUGAUUAGCAAACUAUGUGUUGCUCUUGCACUUCUUCUUUUGAAUGGGGCUCCUCAUCAAUGGCCUGCCUCUGUACAGAGUGCUGUUGCAACUUUUAAUCAGUAUACUCAGAUGAGUGAGAAGAUUCGAUCUGCUCAACUUGAAUUUCUCACUGUUUUACCAGAAGAGUUCCACACACAUAUGCAUCUGUCAGGCUCAAAGAAGGUUGCCGUACGACGAGAGUUAGAAAAUGGAGCCGCAACAGUUUUUUCUUUAAUCGAAUCAUUGCUUCAGGAUCAGUCGUUGUCUUCUCUUCACGUAUUGUGUCUUCGGUGUCUAAAGAGUUGGAUUCAGUUUGGCAUUCCAAUGGUCAAGGUGGAGACGUUUCUGCCUGCUCUAUAUAAUUGUCUGGGAGACAAUAACCUUUGUGAAGUUGCAAUUGAGUGUCUUGUGGAGAUGGCUUCACAUCCUAGCAGCACACUUUAUCCUCUUUCUAUUCGUAAAUUAAUUAGUCUGACGGUUCAGUUGGCUCCAGAACUGGAGAGGUUGAAACAGGAAUGUGAUGUUGAUGGAUGUGAUUGCAUUGCUCGGAUUGUUGUGGCACUUGUUGAAAAUCACAUAAGUUUGAUAACAAAAUCGAACUCAGAGAAUGAGAAGAAAGAAGCAGUUCAGCUCAUGAAAUUGUUGCUGGAAGUGACUGCUAUGCCUGGCCAUUAUCCUGCAGAUGAAACUGUCAGUGAAAUGACAUAUAACUGUUGGUAUCUUUUUAUUGACAACUUAAGUAGUCAGAAGCCAGAGAUGAUGGAACAGAUAAUGACUCUGUUUGGAAAUAUUUUGAUGUCGCUUUUUGGGGUUCUUCUGAAGAAAGUUGAAUUUCCUGCAGAUUCAGAGAAGCAACUCUGGAAUAAUGAGGAACUUGAACAGUUGAGAUGCUACAGAGAAGACGUUGGAGACACUGCUUUAUACCUCCAUGGUUUGAUGGGGACAUGUAUUACAAGAGAAUUACAUGAGGUAUUUGAGAGACAAUUGGAAGAACAUUUUUCUUCAUGGCAGGGUUUGGAGGCAACUUUGUAUCUUCUACGAUCAAUAUCGGAGAACAUAACUACUGACGAAGAUGCUCAUGUCUCUGCCAUUAUUUCUAGACUUGACAAGUUACCACAUCACUCAAAACUGAAAUAUCGAUGUAUGCUUCUUAUCGGAUCAUACUCCGAAUGGUUGUCUAUUCAUGAGGAGUUGCUGCAAGGUGUUCUUUGUUUGUUACUCUCUGGUUUGUCUGAUCGAGAAGUAGCACCUGCAGCAGCUAUUGCCUUGAGAGAUGUUGGUGAAGUUUGUGGUAAACAAUUGACAUGUCGUUUACCAGAGUUGCUGCCAAUAUGCCAGGACGCCCUUUGUGGGAAUGCUAUUGAACUACGGGAAUGUGUUCGAUUGCUUGAAAGUGUCGUCUUCAUUAUGUCAAAUCUUAGCAUUGAAAGCAUCAUACCUUAUCUGGAGUUGCUGUUUGCUCCACGUGCUCGUACUUUAAGUGCUCUUGCUGAGGCUCAACCUGACCAGUCUUUGAAACCUAUUCUUCAGAAAGAACUUCGUUUGUUGUCUGCAGUUUGUCGUACUUUGGACCCUGAUGUGAAAACAGGAGAGCAACAUCCGACAGUCACUCUUUUGUCUCAAGUAUCCCAGUCAAUUCAAACACUUAUUCUUCAAUUUCAGUGGGAUUCAGAGACAGUAGAUUAUUUCUGUGGCUGCCUAUCAGGUGCCAUACGUAUAACUCAAACUUACUAUGCACCUCUGGUUGACUGGACAGCAAGUAUCUUGUUUCAACUCUUCUCGGCCUGUCACAAUCCUCUCUUGCUGGACGUUGGAGCUCAGCUUGUUAGAAUGUUUGGAAAAGACGAAGCACAGUUCAACUCUAUUUGUAUUCUUGUAAACCAGAUGGUUCUCGUAUGCUUCAGACUUUUUGAAAUCAGUCUUCAUGAUCAUACAGAUGUUGUACAGAAAUUUAUGAACUUCCUUACAUCAGUGGGGAAAUCUGCUAAUUUUCUUGGUGGCAAAUUAGAUCAAAUGUCAAGAGUAUUUUCUUGUGGAAUUGCAGCUUUGGCAUUACCUGAGACUGCUACUGUCAAGGCAGCAUGCUCUUUUGUGUGUGAGUGUAUCAAACAGGCUGGAAUGGCUGAGGAUGUUUUGUAUAUUAUCAAAGAUAAGUGUAUGGAUCUUCUUACGUGCAUUUUCAAGGCUAUUGGUGGGAGUGUUCCACGUCAACUGUUGGACCCAAUGUCAGACGUCAUUCUUGCAAUGAACAGACAUUGUAGAGAGUUUCUAAUGAUGGGAUUAAUGACUAUGGUAAGACAUGACGGAUUUCCAUCAACCAAUGUCACAGCAGUUGCAAAAGAGAAUUUUGCGAAGCGUGUGUUAAGGGAAGGAGUUAACAAAAAGCGUUUACAAGAAAUUGUUCAGGAAUUCUAUCUUUUGUGUCGAGGGCUCAUCUGAAGGUGGAGCAAUACGUAAAAAUGUGUACAAAUACAAGAGAACUAGUGAAGAACAGUAGCCAGUUGUUAAAUGUAAAUAGGGUGAACAAAUUUACCAUAGCACAGUAACAUCAUUUUGAAAUUUCUAUUGCGAGCACACUUUUGAGAUAUAACCUUGAUGGUGUUAUACUGCAGUAAAAUGGAAAUUAUAGUUGAUACACAUUUGACCACAA